AUGGCUACCAAUCAAUCCGCCCAGUCCCAGCCAACCGAGCCACCCCCCGAACCCACCAGCGACAACGUCCCCUGGGUCCACGUCCUCUUCGACGUCAAAACAGGUCCCAAAAAGCUAACCCCCAUCCUCCUCGAGAGCCUCCACCACAAGAUCUACCACCGGGACGUAAAGAUCUACCCCUCCUUCGAGGCCAUGAAGAACGCGGGCGCCGUCAAGCGCGGCAACGUGGUCCUGUUCCUGAAACCGGAGGGAAUGAACGAGGACCAGAUCGUGAUGGCGACGCGCACAAAGAUCCAGCAGCUUAGUGUGGACUGGGACAAGAAUGAGCUGGCCGGUGAGGGGCUCUGCCUGGUUAUCGAGGAUAGAACCUGGAGUUUUGGAUGGAGCCUCAUGCCCUACCAUGCUUGGAAGGCGCAGGCGAAGCGGCGCUGA